UUUUCGUGGGGGGAAAAGCAGCAGCCUCUAUGCCUACGUCCCUCCCUCCACGCAAGAAGAACAAACGCUAUAUUCAUCUGCUCCAGCUUGCAGUUACUGAAACUCCCGCAGGAACUCCUGGCUACUUUUUCCCCCCAAACCCAAACCGUGUGAGCUGAUGAACACAAUGCCAUUCAUGCCACGGGGCGAAAACAGGCGACGCGUGUGCUCCGUUAACCCAACAAUGUGGAGAACAUGCAGUGUGUUCUGCGCAUGGAGUCUACUCUUCUUGACAGAUGUCUGUGCGCAGUCUCAGCGGAGACCAACCUUCACGUGUGGUGGAAACAUAACAGGGGACACUGGAGUGAUUGGGAGCCAGGGAUACCCAGGAGUUUACCCUCCAAAUACCAAAUGUGUGUGGAGAAUCACAGUCCCUGAGGGAAAGGUGGUGGUCCUGUCGUUCCGCUUCAUCGACUUGGAGAGCGACAACCUGUGCCGCUACGACUAUGUGGAUGUCUACAGCGGCCACGUCCACGGGCAGAGACUCGGGCGCUUCUGUGGCACGUUCAAGCCCGGCGCCCUGGUUUCCACGGGGAACAAGAUGCUCAUGCAGAUGGUGUCUGACGCCAACACUGCCGGGAGUGGCUUCCUGGCGGUUUUCUCUGCCGCCCACCCACAUGAGAGAGGGGAGCAGUACUGUGGGGGCAGGUUGGAUAAGCCCUCAGGGACUUUCAAAACACCCAACUGGCCUGAGAAGGACUACCCAGCUGGGGUCACCUGCUCCUGGCACAUAGUGGCUCCAAAGAACCAGAUCAUUGAAGUCAAGUUUGAGAAGUUUGAUGUGGAAAGAGACAACUACUGCCGCUACGACCACGUCUCGAUCUUCAACGGGGCGGAAAUCAACGACGCCAAGAGGAUCGGCAAAUACUGCGGAGACAGCCCCCCAGCGCCGGUGUUCUCAGACGGGAACCAGCUCCUGAUCCAGUUCCUGUCAGAUCUCAGUCUGACCGCAGACGGCUUCAUUGGACACUACAAGUUCAGACCGAAGAAAUUCCCCACCACCACGAUACCACCCACCACGACUACACAGCCCGUCACCACCAGGCCCAUACCUCUAAAGUACUCGGUGGCUCUGUGCCAGCAGAAAUGCAAAAGACGAGGAACACUUGAGAGCAAUUACUGCUCCAGCAAUUUUGUGAUUACUGGAACCGUCAUUACUGCGGUGAUGAGAGGAGGAAGUAUGUACGCCACAGUCUCCAUCAUCAACGUGUACAGAGAAGGCAAUCUGGCCAUCCAGCAGGCGGGAAAGACCAUGAGCACCAAGAUCACAAUCCUCUGCAAGAAGUGUCCAUUUGUCAGGAGAGGCUUGAACUACGUCUUCAUGGGCGAGGUGGACGAAGACGGCCGGGGGAAGAUCGCCCCUCAACACUUUGUGAUGGCGUUCAAGACGAAGAACCAGAAAGGACUCAACGUGCUGAAGAACAAGCAAUGCUGAGUUCCCUGAAGCUCUGACCAUCUCGACUGGACACCGAGGCUUGUAUGUGGAUGGAAACGAUUAAGCCCCCCCAAAAAACACAACCUCCAUCUUAACUACACAAACACAUAAAAACUGAAUCAUGAUGCAUGGGUGUCAGCACAAAACGAAAUCUAGGAGAAAAUCCUUUUUCUGUAUUUAUUCAUUUUGCUGCAGAACACCUGUCGUCCAUAAUUUAUAGUUUUGCUGCAUUUUUCUGUUUUGCAACUCUGAGAUUAUGGUGUGUUCCAUUUUAUCUAUGAAAAAAGGAACAAAGGUACUCCUUGAGGCGUCCAUGUUGAUUGUCUAACUCGCAACUGGAACACGGUUAACUGGGGUGCAACGUCAUUCCCACCUCAGAGAUCUAAGUUGUGAAGUAAAUGGAACGCAUCAUUCAUCAGUAACAAAGAUGGCUGAAGUGUUGUGAACUUCCCGUCAUGCCCCCUCGCAGGAGAUUAGCUAGUCACCAGUGACAGAAACCACAAACAGGCGCAAAGGUAGCAUUUCACAGUGACAACAAAAAAGGUCAUUUUAAAUUCUGAGAUUGCACUACCAGUCAACAUUUUCAAAUUGUUUCCUCUUGUGGUUGUUUAUUUCAAUCAGUUAAAUAUAUCAUUUUAUAUUCAUUAAAGAUAGUCUUCAAGGAAGAAUGUGCGACUUUUUGAUCCAGUAGAUGGCGCCCUUGAGCACCAGCAUGAAACCAAAACAAACUUCUGUUUGGCCACGCCUCCUCCAUCCUGAAGCCUCCGCUCUCCUCCAGAGACACACCUCCAACCCCUCUCCACUCACGUUUAUACGGAGGAGUUUAGUGCAAGCAGCGGACAAAAUAGUCCUUUUGCUCGAGCUGCAAUCACCUGUGUCCUGCAUUGUUGUGUUUGCAUGCUAAUGUUAGCGCUCUUCAGUUAGCUCGUAGCUUCACAUUGUUGUGUUAGCAUGCUAAUGUUAGCGCUCUUUAGUUAGCUCGUAGCUUCACAUUGCAUGUAAAGUGACACAGAAUGAGCGUGAUCUAAAAACUCUUACUAACAUCCAAAUAAUCAGUGAGUAUGUUCUUCUUCUUCUCUCUAGUUCUUGACUAAAACAGCUUUUAUACACAAGGGGAGGAGCCGGCCGUCCCGUCCAUGUAAACACGGCUCUGACAACAACACAGCCAGCGGGACUCGAGCUUCUCCCUCAUUGUAGACAGUCAUGACUCAGAGACACAUUUACACAGGACAGACUUGGUUUACGAUAUAUUUAUAGGGAACAUGUCGCACAUUCUUCCUUUAAAAUCACACGCCUGAUUGAUAUCCUUUUUUAAAGCGUAUUUUAUAAAGCUGCAGUUAGUUUUCUGUCGUUAACUUCAGUGGGCAGGACUGGAAGCUUAAAGUGGGCUAAAAAGUGCAAUAAUAAUAAUAAUAGUAUAAACAUGAUUCCUUGUUUUUUGAGUGAAACAAAUAUGAUUCUCUUCGGUUUGUUUAGAGACUCAGAAGUGCCGACAUCAGCAUAGUUGAUUUAGUUGAUUUACUGGCAUUGUUUUUAAAAGGCAGAGCUAAGAAAUGAAAUUAUUUUCAUACGGAAAAGUCUGUGAAUAUUAUUUAUAUUUUAUUGUUAUCAUCUGCCGAAAAUAAAACUCCUCUAACGUUU